AUGCCAACAGCACCAAAACGACAACGCAGUUUUGUUACUUCAACCGUAGCCGAUGGACCAGGCUCCACUAGUGAACAUAGUAAACAAGUUCGAAUUGUUAGAACUCAAAGUCGAUUACGCAUGCUAGUUGAACAAUUGCCGAACGGACGAAAACGUUUACAUUUAAAAGGUAUUGAUACCAUUGCCAUACCAACGGAGUUAUACGAAUUAACCGAUUUGGACAUUCUUGAUGUAACACCUGAAUCUAAAUCCGGAAUGAAUUAUACAUUAUCGCGUGUUCCAGCUGAUUUUCGUUUCUUAAUUAAUCUUAAAUGUUUACAUUUAGACAAUAAUAAUAUUGUUUCUUUUCCGGCGGAAAUAGGUGAAUUACCUCAUUUAGAAACGUUAACAGUAAGUAAUAAUCAUUUAACAGCAUUACCUGAUCAAAUACGUCAAUUGCAACGUUUGCAAUCAUGUCAUUUAUCAAACAAUAAAUUUGAAGAAGUGCCAUCAUGUCUAUGCUAUUUAUCGAAAUCGUUAUUAUUUCUUGAUCUAUCUUAUAAUUAUCUACGACAAAUACCAUCAAGUAUUCACAAUCUGAAACAAUUACGUACAUUAUUAUUACUUGGCAAUCGUAUUAAAACUUUACCAGAUUCAGUAUGUCAACUAUCGAAACUAGAAACAUUAUGGCUUGGUGAUAAUAAACUGACAGAAUUACCAAAAAGUUUUCCACAACUGAAACAUCUUGAUUGGCAUCAUCAUUGCGAAUUAUCAUCGAAUUUUGAAGGAAAUCCAUUAGUAAAUCCGCCAUUAGACGUUUGCCGAAAAGGAAUGGACGCUAUCGAACAAUAUUUAAAGAAGACACCGAAAUAG